UUUUCUCACUCGCCAAUCAACAGCUGUCAAAGAGAAGCAAGCUUAACUGUCAAAGAGAAGCAAGCUUUCUUUUCGAUUCUAGACGUUGGCGAAAGCGCAUGGACGCGCGCAUAAACGAUUUUUUCAGCUUUUCCAAACAGUAAAUAAAUCAUUCCUUAUUUACUGCACCAGAGCUAGAUAAAACGGAAUUCAGCCGCGUCAAACUGCAGUCACCAACAUUCUGAAAAAAUCGCUUUAAAGAGAUUUUCGUUUAAUAACCUGUAAAAAUGGAGGAUGUUUCUAAAGCUGCAUCGCCACGGGGAAACGCGGAUGCUGAUACAAUAAGCGCAGUCGAGGGUUUAUUAGAUGAGGCUGACAAAACUGGCCAUGCUGUGACAAUUGGCACCGAAACGCCUACUGCCGACACCGCGCCAGAUCGUCACGCAUCUACACCUGUUCGUCAAACUGCACCAUUUGCACCCCCCUGCACUUCAGGCACCUCCGGGAUUAGGACUACACACUUCUACAGUACAGCACAGCCAUACGCAUGUGGCGUUCCACAACCUAUAGAACUGCAAUGCAACCAAACUGCAGGUAUAACGGGAACACACAUUCCAUCGACCUCGUUCAAUGUCGUCCCUAACCUUGCUAACGUGAUGACAUUUCCGUAUACUUCGACUACGAACGGGAUGACGACCAUGCUGCCCAACUUAACCUCAAACAGCAAUACAGUCUCAGCUAUAUCUUCAUCUCAACCCUUUUCUGCAUAUACAUCAAUGCACAAUUUCCACAGUUUGCCAACAUCGGUUACUUCAGGAUUUUCACACCCAAAUGUUAACCCUAACCUAAAUAUGCCUUGUGGAGGGUAUCCGACCGUUACUAAUCCGUAUAGUUACUCUACGACAGCCGACCUAAAUUUGACUGCGGCACAUAUAGCUAGUCGUCAAGUGCUUUCGAAAGAUCUGCCAACCUUUACAGGUAGGCCUGAAGACUGGCCCGUAUUUAUUACUAACUAUGAGCAGUCUACCAUACGGUGCGGAUUCACGGACCAAGAAAACCUUAUUAGGUUGCAGAAAUGCUUGAAGGGCCAAGCAUUAGAGGCAGUUCGUGGUAGGCUUAUGGUGCCGUCUACGGUUGGAUUGGCCAUUAAUACACUCCGCAUGUUGUAUGGUAGACCAGACGUAAUUCACCAAGUAAUGCUGCGUAAGUUAAGGGAGGAACCAUCUGUAAAGCCAGACAAAUUAGAAACCUUAGUAACAUUUUCAUUAGCGGUACAAAAUUAUCGCGCUACAAUGCAGGCGGUAGGUCUAAACGAUUAUCUAAAUGAUCCAGUGCUAUUAAACGAGCUGGUAGCUAAACUGCCAUGUAACCAAAGGUUGAGUUGGGGCCAGCAAUGUAUGUCCCUGAGACGCGCUGACAUUGCUGCAUUCGAUGAUUGGCUUUUCGGUCUAGCCAUGUGCGCUAGCCAGGUCACUUCCAUCCAGACAUCAGCGAUAUCAUCGUGUAAUAGCAACGUCGAAGCAAAAAAGGGAAAUCGCGAAUCACUAAAGGGCAGAAUAAUGAUUCACGAUGUGGUUGCGAAAAAUAACGAGCAGAGUGAAAAGUCGAUAAAUUGCCUGAAAUGCGGUGCGAGCCAUACGCUGUCCGAUUGCUAUGAGUUUCGUGCCCUAUCGCAAAGUGACAGAUGGAAAUUUGUACGGGAAAAUAAACUCUGUUUACGCUGCUUCAAAAGUCAUUUCAUUCGUCGAUGUAAUUCGAAAAGGUGCUGUGGCGUAGAUGAUUGUAGAAUGGCUCACCAUCCACUGCUUCACAAUGGAGCUUCGUUGGCGAUUGGAAAACGACAACAAGCAACAUUAUACCACGAGUUGGGCACAGCUGCUGAUAAAGAAACGCAAAGGGCGCUUUUCAGGUAUGUGGAGGUUAUUUUACAUAGCGGUACCAAAGCAAUACGUACAUUCGCCCUUAUCGACGAAGGAGCCUCCUGUACGCUAAUUGAGUCUCAAUUGGCGAACGAUCUUGAUUUAGAUGGGCCAGUUGAAUCGUUAUGCUUGCGUUGGACGGGAGAAAUUACUCAAAAUGAGGCAAAUUCCAAAUUUGUCAAUCUUUACGUUUCACCGAUUACAUUACCCUCUCAAAAAUACAGGCUUCGAAACGUUCGAACCGUUGCUAAUCUACUACUUCCUCAGCAGUCGCUGUUCAGCUCUACGAUUAGUAAGCACGCACACAUUAAGGGAUUGCCGAUUCGACCCUAUAGUAAAGCAAGAGCGCGAAUUUUGAUAGGUUUGGACAACGCUAAAAUAGGAAUCCCUAUCGAAAUAAGAGAAGAUAGGGGAUCCGACCUUAUUGCCGCAAAGUGCCGACUAGGAUGGAGUGUAUAUGGGCGCGAUAAAACUAACUGCGUUGAACAACCGAGAAUAUUGCAUACCUGCGAAUGUGAUACAACCAGAGACGAUCGUAUGGACCAGCAACUGAAAACAUAUUUUUCUAUUGAUGCCAUCGGAUCAUAUGCACCAAUUAAGCCGUUGAUAUCUAAAGAUGAUGAACGCGCUCUUCAAAUCAUGGAAAAGACCACGCGCUUUAUCUCCGCUGAAAAGAGAUGGGAAACCGGGUUACUUUGGAAGCACGAAGCUGUCGAGCUUCCCGAUUCGCUGCCUAUGGCAAUCCGGCGACUCUCGUGCUUAGAAAGUAAAAUGAAGCGUGAUUCGUCAAUUCGUCAAUUUCUUAUAAACAAAAUACAUGAUUAUGAGAAAGAAGGGUACGUACGUAAGUUGAACAAAAACGAAAUAAAAUAUAGCGCUAGGUCUUGGUAUCUCCCUAUAUUUACUGUUCUCAAUGCCAAUAAAAAGAAAACUCGAUUGGUUUGGGAUGCUGCAGCAAGGGUAAAGGGUGUCGGGCUCAAUGAUAUGUUGCUGAAAGGGCCCGAUCUACUAAAGUCUCUAUUGGGGGUACUGCUCCGAUUUCGCGAACGACGUUUUGCAGUUUGUGGAGAUAUAUGCGAAAUGUUCCACCAGAUUAAAAUUAUAAAAGAAGAUCAAGUGGCGCAAAAAUUUCUUUGGCGAAACGAUGGCUCGUCUCGCGACUAUGAUAUCUACGUGAUGAGGGUUAUGACAUUCGGCGCUUCGUGUUCGCCUUCCUUGGCGAACUACAUACAAAAUCGUAACGCUCACCGAUUUGCUGAUCUUCAUCCCGGCGCCGAACGGGCCAUCGUUAGUAACACAUUUGUUGACGAUUGGCUUCAGAGUGCAGACUCUGAAAAUGAAUUGGCUCGUCUAGCAACUAAAGUUCGUUGGGUUCAUCAGGAGGGCGGAUUCCAAAUGAGAAACUGGAAAUAUAAUUCCAAACACGUACUAUUUUCAUUAGAUGCUGACGACGUUCCAGCCGCCAAAUGUUUUGAAGAGCCAGAAGCCGUUAUAGAAAAGGUACUAGGGAUGUGGCGGCUGCCAGUUUCGGAUGAGUUAACAUACAUUGAAAAUUUUCCAAAGGAAGUUUUUAAUGAAAAUACGAUCGUGCGAUACGAAUUUUGCGCACAAUAA